CGCAAAACGGGUUCGGCGCAGCCCAAUUGAUUGGUUGGCAGCUUUUGAGCCGCGCUGUAGGGGAUCUUGGCCUGUUUGUUCCUUGAGGCAGCACCACCGACCCACGCGCUGCGAUUCCGCGCUGCGGCGAAGCGCAACCGAUUCAUAUCCUCUUUGAAACCGCACCUGGCCGAACGCUCUGAAAGCGCUCGUAACGUCCGCAUCCGUGCAUCAUUACGAGACAGGAGGCUCCGAAAAGCUGAAAUCGAUGUCGGAGCUGAGCUUCCGCCCGGCGCGCGUGCCGACGAACGACAGCAAGAACUCCGUGACGAGCAGCACGAACUCCGUGACGUCGACGAGCAAACGGCCGUCCGCGGCGGCGCCAUCAUCCGGCGACGACGGCAUGAUCACCGUGCGCGCGCACAACAAGAAGACGGGCGAGAUCACGGUCAUGCGCGUCAAGCGCGGCACGCCGAUGCGCGAGGUCAUGGCCUCGUACGCGUCGAACUCUGUGUGGGAAUCAUCGCGUCGUCCUCCACGCCAUCGCCGCGACGCCUGCUCGCUGGCGUGGUGAUGCGGCACCCGACGCUCUGGUUGAUUUCCACACAGGUCGAACAAGGGCGUCAAGGCCGAGCGCCUCUCGUGGAAGCGGCGGUCUUCCGCCGCGUCCAACAGCUCGCCGACGUCGCGCGACGGGUCGGUGGUGGUGGGCGAGAAGCGGCUCGACGAGGACGGCGGCGACGAGUGCGGCCUGCCGGCGUGCGGCUGCACGGGCUUCUCCUAGGCUCUCUUCUCCCUCUCUGGGGUCAUGUGUAAUAUGAUAAGAUAAAACACCACAAACUUACAUACGCGAGACGUUUGCUCGACGGCGUGGAGGGGUAGUAUAAUCCCUCAAGUACAUGAUUGCUCAACGCCAUCAACGCGACGUUGAC